CCACGAUCACAAAAUCUGUGUCACUAUUAAUAUAAAAUAAAAUCUGAGUGAAUCUCUGCAAAUAAAAAAGAAGCUGGAAUGGCGUCUGUCGCUCAAUUUCACGCUCUCUUCGUCCCCUCUAACUCGAUCAAAAAAUCAUCCUUGUUCUUCGGCUCAACAAUCUCUUUGCGCCGUGAAAUGCAGAAAAGCAGAGAGAGAAAGCAGCUGGCGGUGGUGGCUGCCGUCGGAGAUGUCUCGGCUGACGGGACUGUCUAUCUGAUAGCCGGCGCCGCGGCGGUGGCGUUGCUCGGAACUGCUUUCCCCAUCAUCUUCUCCCGCAAAGACACGUGCCCCGAAUGCGACGGAGCGGGAUUUGUGAGGAAAGGAGGGGCGGCGCUGAGGGCAAAUGCGGCAAGAAAAGAUCAGACUCAAAUUGUAUGCGCUCGCUGCAAUGGUCUUGGCAAGCUUAAUCAAGUUGACAAAUAGGACUACAAUUCUUAAUUGCGUUCUCUCAAUUUUAAAUUCUACUACUAUGUUGUUUGCUUCCUCUCAAUUUAAUAAUCAUGUCUAUCAUAUAUUUAUUCUCCAA